AUGUUCCUGAACAGAUUCGCCGCACUCACUCUCGAGGAUCCAGAAAAGACACAACCGAAGCAGAAAGAGUCCCCCGAAACGCAAAAGAUCGCCAAGGUGGAGCUGCUCGAGAAUGACAGGGAGGAGGAAAAAUAUAGGGACAAGAAGAUUGACCCGAUGGAUGCUGCUGUUGUGACCGACAAUGCCGCGAAGCUUGCGCGAGAUCUUGUGCAGGAGGUUGGACCACUCUUGAUUCCCAUGUGA